CUUGUAUUAUCUAAACAGGAACCAUGUCUGAGCAACCAUUAAGCGCAGAUGAGAAAAGACGUCUUUUGAGAGAAAGAAGACAGGCCAAAAUGCAACAGGGUAAGGCCUCUGAAAGAUUGAAUAAUAUCUUAUCUCAGGGUUCAUCGGUAAAGUCAGAUCAGCCUUCUAUAUCGGUUUUAGAUAAACCUCAAUCCACACCAAGUCCUUCACUUACUCCUCAAAUGUCUAAUGCAUCCCUUUCUGCUGUAAAUAAGGAUAGUGACCCUGAAGUUCUGGACCUUGAUACCAUCAUCAAAGAAAGAGAUGGUACUCCUCAAAAUAAAGCCCAACAAGACCCUGAUUUUGACGAAAUGUUGAACAAAAUCUUUGGUGCUGGUGCUCCUGGUGCUCCUGGUAAUCAAGGGGGUGCUGGAAAUGGUCAAGAGGACCCAAUUUCUCAGAUGAUGAUGAGUCUCCUUAAUCAAGAUGGUGGUGAUGGUAUGCCAAAUUUUGGAAAUGAGGCUAAUAAUGGACCUCAGAAUGUCUAUCAACAACAAUUGAAUGAAUAUAAUGUUUAUAACCAGAAAUCAUGGAAGUUCAGGUUUUUAAUCGUUAGAUAUACUGCCAUUUUAAUUAACUUUUUUUACCAUUAUUUAACCAUUGCUGAUCUUUCAUUCCAAUCUUCAUCUUACUCUUAUGUGCGUGGCUUGGUUGCUACUUCUCCAACAAAUACUUUCAUUACUACUUUCCUUUCUAUUGAAUUGGUCAUUUUAACUACAUAUUUCAUUAUUGGAACCCAAAAACAUUUAUUCAAAACUGCCAGCGAAAAUAAUCCAAUUACAAAACUUUUAUCUAUGGGCUCACUUGUUUUACCCCAAUUGCAGCAAUACAGAUCAUUGAUUGUAAGCAUAUUGGGAUAUUGGGAUUUACUUGGAAUGCUAUUGAGUGACAUUUCGCUCGUAAUAGUACUUUUUGGCUUAAUAAGUCGCAAUUGAACACUAUAUAACAUAAAUUAAAUAAACCGAUAUAUACAAAUUUAAACAGC